CUUACUCUGCUACUGUGUGCGUCUACGAUAAACUCUCAAAACUAAAACUGAAGAGGGAAACAGGGAAGUGAGAAUUUGCAUUAGCAAAAAAAAAAAUCAGCAGUUUUAAGAAAAGGCUUGCUAAAUCAUUCACACACUCAUCUGGACUGACAGUUUAACACACUUCAGUGUGAUUCUGCCAACGCACAUCAACUGCCGAGUUGUCACCUCAGAUAUAACAACAGAGCACUGGUGAACCUGGGAAACUUCUAUCAGUGAACAACGCCACAGAGGAACCCCAACACAAACACAAGAAGUGCAGAAAUAAAAGCAGAACAUGAACAGCACUGAUUUCUUCAACAUCUCCCCAACUACAUAUUGGGAUUAUAAUUCUGGAUGUGGUCAUUAUUAUUAUCCAUAUCCUGAUUUUGAUCCCCCUUAUGAUACUUAUCAUUAUACGUAUUUCAAUGAAAUCCUCCUCUCCAUCUUCGGCAUCGUGGCUGUGUGUGCGGGGCUGCCGUGUCUGAUUUGGGCUUUUUAUUCUGUGCACCUUCAGAGAAAAGCAAGUGGUCGGAUCUCAGCCUUCAUCAUCCUCCUCCUCCUAAAUGACCUGCUGCAACUGCUCCUCUAUCCAUACAUAGUGUCACAACUACUGUCUUUUGUUCAUUCUUUUCACCCCCACUUGAUAACGAUUGUAUCUGCUUGUGUGAAGACCACUGGCCUUCACAUGCAGGCGCUUGUGGCUCUGGAGGCGGCUCUGACUGUGAAAUAUCCAAGGAUUUCUGCUCGCAUGUGCUCAUGGCCUUGCUACAUCAUGAUCUCCAUCAUCAUACUUCUUAUUCCUGUCAUAUUUUUUUUUGGAAUAGUUUUAGGCCAUUCAUCUGGUGAAGUGUAUCUGUAUCUCACAUUUGGCUCAUUUCUGCUACCUGCAUGUUCAUUGGUUGCCACAGGUAUAAUCAUCUACAAAGCCCCGCUCACCUACACUUACUCCAGACCAGGUGCAGCGGUGUUUGCUGUAUCUUUGGUUACAUUACUUGUGCUCUAUUUACCAAGUGUGGUGCUCCUCAUUGUGAAGCUCCACUAUCACAUAUCAGAUUCUUGGAUGACAAUGACGUUAUGUUUGGUAAGCUUUACAGUGAUUUCCGAGCCUCUGCUGUGUGUGCUGGUCUGCAGACAGAAUCUCAGUGCUCAGACAAAACAGGCACCCAUAGAGCUCAACUCUGAGCACUCUGAAUUCGACAUCUGGCAGGAGUAAUUUGAAACAU